ACAGCUGCAGGUAUUUCACACCGUUAUGUUGCGGUCAAGUACAAGUUUGUGUGGGCGUUGACCAAACAAAAGCCACGUGGCUAAUGAAGAGAGUUCAAAGGUCAAAAGAGAAUGGAGCUAGAAGAAGACACAGAGCCCUCUACUGCAGAUGUGAACGCUCGAUGGAGUGGUCAGUGUCAGCUCCCGUUGGCUAGGGUGAAGAAUAUCAUAAAGUCUGACCCCGAUAUCACGCUAGCAAGUCAUGACGCCACUCUCCUCAUAGCAAAGGCCACUGAGCUGUUCAUAGUGCACCUGGCCAAGCAGUCGUACGGGCACACAGUGAAGGGGAAGAGGAAGACCAUCCAGAGACGAGACCUAGAUGCAUGCAUACCUCAGGAGGACUCUUUAGCAUUCUUAGAGGGAGCUGUGGACUGAGUCAUUGACCAUCUUAUCAAUAUCAUGCGUAUAAUUAUGUUGUGUCAAUGAUUGAUUCACAUUUUCAUUCCAAAAGAUAAA